CGUGUGCUCGCGCCUACGGGAAGCUCCCUCAGCCUGCGUCUGCCUCUCGCAACUCGUCUUGUCUUUUUAAUCUUCCAUUCGUCUCUGUACCUUUCUGUAAAUUUUGUUCCAUCCGUUAUCUUGCUCUAGAUUGCCUUCUGCAACCGCUCCGCUUUUUUGAAGCUGCCUCUCGAGCUCGUGACCUAACGGCCAUCGCUCCAAGUGCGACAAACAAUCGAACUCAACCUCCCCCCCAGUCAGGUCGACUUUGGGCAUCCAAAAUUCGAUCUGAACCAGUAUGGUUGGACUUGCGUCGGCUGCCGGCCUUGUCGGCUUUCUUUCUGAGCCUGAUGCGGAGCUGAGGGUCUUUGCCCUCAAGACUCUGGACGCUCAGAUUGAUUUGCUCUGGACAGAGGUUGUUGACGUUGUUCCUCAAAUAGAAGCACUCUAUGAAGAUGAAACAUUCCCGGAACGCGAGCUUGCGGCGCUCGUUGCAGCCAAGGUAUACUACCACCUUCAAGAGUACAACGAGAGCAUGGUGUUUGCUCUAGGGGCCGGGAAGCUCUUCAACUUAGACAACGGUGGCGAGUUUGAGGAAACGAUAAUCGCCAAAUGUGUCGAUACUUUCAUUUCUCUGUCUGCUGCCCAACGACCUACUGUCGGUGAGCUGCCUGCAAACUUGAACACCACAUUCCCAACGUCGGCAGAGGGCGCCACCAGCACUUCCGCCAGCCUCCAAUCCCCCAUCACACCAUUUUCCCAGUCCGCCCUGCCUUCCAAGUCCUUGCUUUCGAGACAGGAGGUUCCGGGAUCAGAUGUCGGUUACACAGCUGGCGAUGAUGUCAGUGUUGGGCAGGUUGAGACUCCGCUGGUGCUCAAGAGAGGCGUCCAAGGUCAACUGCAAACUGUGGUUGAGCGUCUGUUCGAGCAGUGCUUCAGACAGAAGCGCUACCGCCAGGUAAUUGGCAUUGCCAUUGAGGCCAAGAACCUCGAGGUGCUUCGUACCGCAAUCCUGCGCGCCAGCCAAGAUGAGAAGAAGCAGCAGGGCGAGUCUCGUCGCAGUGAGGAGCUGAUGGAGUACGUCCUGGAUAUUUGCAUGAGCAUUGUACAGGAACGGGCAUUCAGAAACGAGAUUCUCAAGCUCAUCCUGGACCUUCUGAACGAGAUUCCAGCGCCGGAUUACUUUUCCAUUGCCAAAUGUGUCGUGUACCUGAAUGAGCACUCGAUGGCAUCCGUCAUCCUCCGCCAACUUGUCGAGAAAGGUGACCCAAGGUCACUCGCUGUCGCUUACCAGAUCUCCUUCGAUCUCUAUGAUAACAGCACCCAGGAGUUCCUCAAGAAGGUCCGCGAAGAGAUCGCCGCCCUGGUUCCUGAACAGACUGAGUCGAAGGAGACCAAGGAGGGGGCAGAUGAGGAGGGAGAAGAAGCCACUGAGUCUGACCCUCUUCUCAACGGACAAUCCAGCUCCACAAGGUCCAUUGGAGGCUCCACAGAUCUGAAGCUCUCAGAGGAGGCCCGGUCAGCGUUCAAGAGCAUUCUUGAGAUUCUUGACGGCAUCAAGACUAUUCAGCUGAAUCUCGAGUUCCUGUAUCGCAGCAACAAGGCCGACAUUGCCAUUCUCAACAAGAUCCGGGACAGCCUUGAAGCUCGCAACUCCAUUUUCCACACCGCCGUCACUCUUUCCAACGCCUUUAUGCACGCAGGCACGACUCACGACAAAUUCUUCCGCGACAACCUCGAAUGGCUUGGCAAAGCCAUCAAUUGGUCCAAGUUCACUGCAACCGCUGCAUUGGGUGUGAUUCACAAGGGAAAUCUGUCCCAGGGCCAGAAGCUCCUCCAGCCAUACCUCCCACGGGAGCAUAUCGCUGGUGUCGGAAGUUCUGGGUCUGUCUACAGCCAGGGCGGAUCUCUCUAUGCCUUUGGACUGAUCUAUGCCAACCACGGUGGCAUGGCGGUGGACCUGAUUCGCGACCAUUUCAAGAAGGCAACCGAAGAGGUUGUUCAACAUGGUGGUGCUUUGGGCCUGGGUGUUGCAGGUAUGGCCACUGGCGAUGAGGGCGUUUACGAAGACCUGCGAAAUGUUCUGUAUUCCGACUCUGCCCUGAACGGUGAGGCCGUGGGUCUUGCCAUGGGUCUUGUGAUGCUAGGCACUGGCAACAUGAAAGCCCUCGAGGACAUGAUCCAGUAUUCCCAUGAAACCCAGCACGAGAAAAUCGUUCGCGGGUUGGCCAUGGGUAUGGCCUUGAUUAUGUACGGCCGCCAAGAAGCAGCCGAUGAAUUAAUCAACGGCCUCCUUGGUGACCCGGACCCGACGAUUCGCUACGGUGGUAUCAUGACUAUUGCCCUCGCAUACUGUGGAAGCGGUAGCAACAAAGCUGUCCGCAAACUGCUCCACGUGGCCGUGAGCGAUGUCAAUGAUGACGUCCGCCGUGCCGCUGUGUUCAGCUUGGGAUUUAUCCUGUUCCGCAAGUACCAGAGCGUGCCCCGCAUGGUCGAGCUGCUCUCCGAGUCCUACAACCCCCAUGUUCGAUACGGUGCGGCCAUGGCUCUCGGUAUCUCUUGCGCCGGCACUGGCUUGGACGAGGCGAUCGAUCUUCUCGAGCCGAUGCUCAAGGACUCCACCGACUUUGUGCGUCAGGGUGCCUUGAUCGCUCUCUCCAUGGUUUUGGUGCAACAGAACGAAACAAUGAACCCUCGCGUUGCUUCCAUUCGCAAGAUGAUGAUGAAGAUGGUUGGUGACCGCCAUGAGGAUGCCAUCGCCAAGUUCGGCUGUGCGGUUGCUCUUGGUAUCAUCGAUGCCGGCGGCCGCAACUGCACCAUCAGCCUCCAGACGCAGACCGGCAACCUCAACAUGCCCGGAAUUGUCGGAGCAGCCGUGUUCCUUCAGUACUGGUAUUGGUUCCCUCUCACCCACUUCCUCUCCCUCAGCUUCACGCCCACUGCCGUCAUCGGUGUCGACCAGAAACUCGAGGUUCCUUUCUUCAAGUUCCACAGCAACACCCGGCCGAGCCUGUUCGACUACCCCCCGGAGCAGCAGGUCAAGGCUGAAGAGACCCCCGAAAAGGUCAAGACUGCGGUUCUUUCGACAACAGCGCAGGCCAAGCGUCGGGCGCAGCGUCGGGAGCGACAACAACGCCGGGAGAGCAUGGACAUCGAUCAAACCCCAACAACACCCAAGGUCGUGGAGCAGUUACCGGAGAAGAUGGAGACAGACGAAGGGGCUGCCAAGGAGGAGGAAGUCAAAGAUGGAGAGAAGGGAGCGGAGGUUCAGAAGAAGAAGGCUGAACGGGAGAAGGUGGGCUAUGAACUGGAAAACAUGUCUCGAGUUCUUCCGGCUCAGCUGAAAUACCUCACCUUCCCCGACCCGCGAUAUGAGCCUGUCAAGAGGCCCACGGGAGGGGUGGUUGUCGUUCUCGACAAGAACCCUGGCGAGGACCGCGAGAUCAUCGAACUGAAAGCCAGCAAGGACGUCAAGCAAGCGGCUACUGCCGAGACCCUUCAGGACCGACUCCAGGCUGCCAUCGGCGCGGCAGCCCUCCAGACACCUCAGCGGGGCCAAACUCUUUCGCCAUCUCUCGACGCCGCUGGCGCCGCGGCGGCGGCAGGCGUGCUCACAGCCGUCGAUGAGGAUGAGGAAGACGGCGAAGAGGCUCCUGUCCCGGAGGAAUUUGACUACGAAACCGAUGAAGAGGAGGAGUGAAGAGAGGUCGAUGAUCGACCGAUAUACAUGGCAUCAUCUACACACUUUUUUUUCUUAGAUGGCGCUUGUUGUAUUUCUAGAGCAAUCGCAGAUCUUUCCAUUCAGGUU